GUAUUUCAUAACAUUAUGUUUUCAUUUAGAAAAGCUUUAUUUCCCAUAAGUGCCCUGCAGUAGCAUAGCGUGUAAAAGAUGAAUCCGCCAACUGAGAAACUAUCAUCAAGGCUUUUAGCACAAUUAGGACAACCCAAUCCAACAGAAGGAACGCACUUCACAACCCAGUAUGAAAAUACGGAAGUCUUCACAACAACAACUACAGCUUAUAGUUGGAUUACUACUCUGCUGCCGUUUCGGGUCACGACGACGCCUUACGCAACCACGUUCAUUCCUAUUCGGAAAACAACCCCUGCAACACGUCAUAUGGUAACCUUAAUACCAUUUCGAACCCACCCAACACCCAAUAUGAACACACUAGCAGCAAUCGGCAACUCAACAGCAAUAAACUUCACUUCGAUGGCAACUUUUGCAACGAAUGGAAGUUAUGAGAAUGCUUCUCUAUCUUUGCCGGUAACCCCGACGUCCAAUGCAGGCUUAUUAUGUGGUUUCCCAAGUUUUUGUGACAGUUCAGCUUUAACUGGGUGUUCCAAUAUUACACUGAUGAAAUGCGACCGUUGCAGCCCCGUCGUUGCGGGCGUUUUCAUUGCAUUCGUGGUGCUCCUAGGCUUAUUGGCGAUAUUCUGCAAUUUACUGGUGGUCUGGCAUUCAGUCAAGCAAUCAAAGCACGAGAAUAAGAUAAACAAGAUGAAAGGGUCUUUGGCAGUUGCAGAUAUGAUGAUUGGUUUUCACAUCUUGCUGAUACCAACCACCGAGUUGUUCUGGACGAUUUCUUCCACUUCUGAUCAAAUCGACUCAAUGCAGCUUUCGUAUCAAAACUCAGUCGCGGCAUUUAUUGGGGGAAUAUUUUACGUGUCGGGCUUUAGUUCGUCUCUGUUCCACCUUUUUCUUUUAAGCGCACAACGGUUCAUGGCGAUCACGUUCCCAAUCCGCUAUAAGUUUCAAAGCAAUGCAAGGAUUAAUUUCUACAUUGCAUUGGUUUGGUUGCUCGGGUUCCUAGCGGCAAGCUUUCCUGUUUUUUUUCCUUCCGACUUCGUCUACUCAUACAGCCACGUUUUGUUUCUGUUCCACCCUGGACCACGAGGUCCCACCAGCAGACUAAGCAACACUGUUUCUGCAGUGUUCAUUGUGUUUUAUAUCACUCCAUACGUCUUAAUGACUCUACUAACAAUGAUAUCCGGGAUCAGCAUUCGCUUUCGAUUCAAACAGUCAGCUUCUAUUAGUGGAAACGAUAAACGGAAUCGAAAGGCAGAAAAACACGCGUUCGCCGUGCUUGCGUUCAUGCAACUGGGAUUUACUUUAACUUUGGUUCCGUUCGUGGUUGUGGUUUUGUUAUUUUACUCGUCGAUAAUGAAAUGUGAUACGAUGUCAAGUACGUAUGUGACGUGUGUGUACCUUAAUAUGAUCAACAGCUUGGUAAACUUCAUCGUAUACAGUGCACGAGAAACACAAUUUCGAGCAACUGUAAAAAGUAUUUUAACGAGAACGAAUCCCGUUGUCAAACCACCUAGUUCACGUCCCAUAGGGAACCAAUCGAAGGAAUCGAGGGUUUGAUUGAAAAAAUAAUAUUUUAUUUUUAACGCAAUAAUGU